AUGUCCGGAGUUGAGAACAGCAGCUCGACGGUGGAAGUUGUGGCACAAGCCAAGCCCAGCGCCCAGAAUGCAGAUAAUCUUCCGAUCCCAGGCGCACAUCCUUUGGGGGGAUAUUCGCCGUCUCUGGCCUUGCUCGGCGUUUCUUACGACGUCCCUGCCGAUGAGAAAUACAUAUAUGAGCCGUUGCCAACAGAAGGCGAGUUUGUCCGGCUGCUAGAAGCGGACUUGGACUCAGAAAGGUUGUCAUUUCACUUAACUACUGUCGCGUUAGCUGACUGCUAUGGGAGCUAUGAUGCGCUCUCUUACGUCUGGGGAGAUCCACUUGAGAAGAUUAACAUCACUAUUGAUGGGAAAAUUCUCUCGGUCACAAUCAAUCUCUUCCAAGCAUUGAACGGGCUGCUUUCCAAGGGUGGUCUGCGUCGGCUCUGGAUCGACGCCAUCUGCGUGAAUCAAGAAGAUUUGAACGAACGCAGUAAGCAAGUUCGUCUGAUGGGAAAGAUUUACAAACAAUCAGGCAAUGUUCCCAUCUGGCUGGGUCAAAACAAGACAGAUAUUUCUCUCCCAUGCGUCAAUCUGCUCAAGGACACAGCGGUGGCAUCAAGAAAGAUCUGGGAAACUUACGGGCAUGAGAAGAAUGUUCCCAAUCCAAUGGUAGAUAACCCCAUCUGCUCCGAUCCAAACCAAUGGGACAUGGUUCGAGAAAUGACGAGUCUCCCGUGGUUUUCUCGAGUAUGGGUUUUGCAGGAGGCUGGGCUGGCACUGCAAGCAACAUUGGUAUGGGGCGAAGCGACCAUUAACAUCAGCGACAUCGUUGAAGUGUCUAACCUUUGUCUCAUGGCUGGGCAUCUAUUUCCGGUAUCCGACAUUGGAUUAUUCAAGAUAACCGACACAUUUGCCGACCUGUGGAAUUCCAUGGCCACUUCUGUGUCAUGGAAAAGGGAGUUAUCCGAGAGGCCCGUCCAAUCGCUCGAGGCCCAACGCCCCAAGGUAUCUUUCACUGAGGUCCUUCAUAUUGGUCGUCGCUUCGAAGCUACGGACCAUAGAGACUACGUAUUUGCAUUCCUUGGGCAUCCCAGCGCACUGAAUCCCCAGACGGGCGAUAUUCUAUUAAAUCCAGACUACAACAAAAGCUUACUUGAUGUAUACUACGAAACCGCCUGCGCGCUUCUUAAAAUCGCCGAGUUGUCAUUCAUCUUAUCUUGCGUAGACCGCAAUCAGGAGACUCUGGACAGUAAUUUCCCGUCAUGGGUGCCGCACUGGAAUCUGGCCAAGAACGUUUGUGCUCUCGCAUAUCCUACCCUCUGGUACUACGCAGGCGGACGCGAUACAACAGCAGUUUUCUCUUUAAAUGACGAUCGCUCAUUGCAAAUCGAGGGAUUCAUUCUCGACACAGUCACGUGGGCCGGAUUGGCCACGACAGAAAGCGACUUUAGCACCCAUUCAGUUGGUAAAGAUCGCCCGGUGGUUGAGCAGAUUUGGCAAGAUCUCGUGGAAAACGAAGAUGCCGCAACGCAAUACCCCCCAGAAGACAAAGUCGAAGCCUUUUCUCUGACUCUAGUCGCAAACGCCGCACAGGCCGACCAAAAACCCAGCGACCUUGCCGACGAGCAUCGGGAAGGCUUUCGCGGCUACUGCGCAAAGUUUGGUUGCGCAAUCCAGGAUGUCGGCCUCGAGGGUGCAAAGUCGGAGUCAUGGCGCUUUGAGAGAGGAGCCGCCUGGGCAGCUCACAACCGGCGUGUCUUCCGUACCAAGACGGGCUAUUACGGCCUGGCUCAUAGAUUGAUUCGAGAGGGCGAUGUAUGCUGUGUGUUUCCAGGCCUUAGGGUCCCGUUCGUGUUACGGCCUGUGCGGAGGGACGGAGGCGGCCCGGCGUACAAGCUUGUUGGCGAUGCGUACGUUCAUGGCGUUAUGAGAGGAGAGGCGAUGAUGAUGCUAAAGGACGGGAAAGCUGUCCUGCAAAAUAUUACGAUUAUCUGA